AUGAAUUUAACAGGGGAAGGGGAAAAGCCCAAAGGGGGAUUUGAAUUUGCUCCCAGCUGGACUUAUGAUAUAAUUUUUCAAAUAUUUCUCACAAUAUUCACCUUUUAUUACAGGUAUUAUAGAGGUGCAGUAGGAGCAUUGGUUGUAUUUGACAUCAGUAAAAUGUCAUCAUUUGAGAAUCUGGACAAAUGGUUAGGUGAACUGAAUGAGCAUGCUGAUCCCCACUGCUGUAUAAUGAUUGUAGGUAAUAAAGUAGAUCUAAAACAUCUGAGAGCAGUCAGUAUGGAGGAGGGAAGAUCACUUGCAGAAAAACACAACUACUCAUUCAUCGAAACUUCAGCAUUAGAUAACACCAAUGUGGUAGAGGCAUUUAAUAAUUUGUUAGUUGAUAUUUUCAAGUUACAAGUGGAGUCACCACCAUCAAUGGCGCCGCAACAAGGCCAGACACAAAAAUUGGAACAGGAAGUGAAACCAAUGUCGGAAGCUGACACUUGCCAAUGCUAGAACUGAUUUUACUUUACAGUUGUUCUAGCUGUGUUCAUUUAUCUUAGCUAAUUUAACAAGUAUACUAGAUUUGAUUUUUUUGUUAGUUAAUAAUAUCCCAAACUUGUUUGUGGGUUUAGAGUGCCAGUUUGGAGAGUUCUUUGGUUUCUUAAAUAAAAAGUUUUUAGUGGAUAAUAACAUGUUAGUCCUGACAAUGUUAAAUAUUUGUAAUAGAUUUGUGCAGCUUUGAGUUAUGAAAAAAGUUCAUGUUUAUGUAAAGGGGGUUCUAUAGAAUUUCUUACUUUAAACAACAAACUGUAGAGUUGGAUCAGAUUUGCAGGAUGGGUUUAACUGUGGUGACAGAAUGAUGUCAUGAGACUGCUCCCUAAUGGGGUUGAAUCUGAAAAUUCAUAAAAUUUUGAUGAAUAUAAACAAAAAAUUACAAAUAUUUUUAAAGUGUGCCAUUGAUGUAUAUAAAAUUAACCAAAUGACUUUUUGAGUGUGUCACUAAGCUUUUAGCUUCCUACACAAUCAAACCAAAACUGAAUUAAAUGAAUAAAACUAAAUGACUAUAAUAAAGCAGCAUAUUUUUGUCAUUAAAAAAUGUUUAUUCCGGCUGAUUUUCUUGCUGUAACAGGAUGUGUUUUUGUAACAGGAUGUGUUUUAGUGUCUUAGCUUGUUUAAACUUGUUUUUUUAUGCCUUACUCUAUUUAUUUUUAACAUUCCAUCCAAUUAUAGUCAAGUGGGGCUGAUUGGUGUUCUUUUGAAUCAUUCAUUCAGGGAAUUAUGCUUAUUUUUAUUUGCCUCAUAUUUAACUAUGCAAUUUUGUUGAAUUAAAAAAACACCUUAUCUUUGAAUGUACAAAAUUGAAAUAUAGAAUACUCUAGUGUUAUGUUUUAAGAUGCCCCUGAAUUUUUUUCUUUUUAAUAUUUUUGAGAAGUAUAUGGAGAAUUAUAAUUCCUUUUAUGCAUACUCUUAAAUUUUUAUGUUACGGAUAAGUGAAAUAUGUUUAUCUGAAACCCCUGUGGUGACAUAUACAUAUAUAUAUGUAUUUAAAUUGAAAUUUAAUAUUCAGAAAUGUGUCCCUUAUAAGCCAUGUGUUUGACCAAUUGAUUUUGUGGACAAUCUUUAAUGCAUACAAUGAAGGUCUUUUAAGACAUUUUUUCCCCAUUUUCCUUUAAGCUGAUUUACUAGUGUCAAAAGCUAUAUUGAACUUCAGUUUUACUGGUGAUCGAUUUUUGUUACAAUUGAUAGUUUUUAAAUAUCCAUCAAGUAAAUGACUUACUUGGUAAUUAAUUAAUAAUGCAUUGUCCAUGAUAGUAGUGAAACUGGCAUAUUUUGUUUAAAUUUGGAAAGUUUUUUUGUAAAUAGAGUUAAGAAACAUGAUAUAAUGGAUGAUGGAUUUGUAUUUUUGUGAAAAAAAGUGAUAUUUCUGAAGUAUUCCUUGUUUGGCAGCUUUAACUGUUAAACUUUCACUUGUACAUAUCAUUUUUCUUCAUGUAGCUUUCAUUUUGGUGGUUGCUAUAUUUUAUUCUGUUGCCGGGCGACAGGUUUGACAUUCCUAGAUCUGAUUUUACAGAUUUAUCUUUUUUUAAAUGUAUUUGUUAAUUAACAUAUUCAUUGAGAUUUGCAUAUCUUUUGUUAAUAUUGUUGAAGUUUCUUCCUAUUGUAAAUCUUUAUUAUUCUGCAGCUACGUAUGAGUUUGAAUUGUGGCCUGCUUUCAAUAACUAACAAUUAAGCUAUAAGUGUGUUUUAACUGCCUUUUUCACAAUCUUUGGUCCAACUAUUUUAUCAUGUAGUACAACUUGACAUAGAUUUAUGCUGUUUUAGGAUUAUACGCAUAUUAUACCAAAAAUAUGACAAAUAUGAAAUAAAAAAAUCUAUUUUUAUCACUAUAGUAACAUAUUUUGAUUACAAGAGAAUCAACAUUCUUUGUAGUGAUACAUACACAUGUAUUUUAGAAAAUAUACUUAAAUUUAACUAAUCUAAUCACUUUUAAAGGAUAAAAAGGUCAGAUUUUUGAGAAGUUUUAUUCACAUUGUAAUUUGAAAACAUUGAGAAAAAAUGUUUUAAUGAGAUAGGAAAAACAACAACAUGAUAUGCCUUUUAUUUUUAAGUUUUAAUAAGCAUUAAUUCAAUUUAUUGAAAGUAGUUUCAUAUGGCAUACAUGUCAUAGAGAACAUCUUUUUAAAUUAGAAACAAUGUCUGUUAUUUUUUUUGGUGAUAUUUAUAAUUUUCUACGCCAAGAGUGUUGCUGUUUUAUAACCAUGUCAUUCCACUUAGAAAGCCAUUCUUUUCUAAAUUUCUAUUUUUGCCAUAUUCAUUGUCUGUGCUAGUAAAAAAAAAUCAAUUGAUUUAUUUGAUAUAUUGAUAUAUAGAAAAUAACUUCUUUUAUAUAGAAAAUAACUUCUUUCUAUUAUUCUUUUUUAUCUGGUGCUAUUAUAUGAUCAGUCUGAAUAUUUCUUAAUUAUAACUGUAUUAUGAUUUAUUAAACAGUUCAAUACUUCACUGGAUGAGCAUUUAGCCCAAAAUUAACCCAAUAACUAUCACUUGAUUUGUUGAUUUUAUAUAGCAUUAAAUUUUGGUUAUUUGGUUAAGAAAUAAAUGUAUAUGACCUUUGAAAUUAAUAGGGUCUGUACGUAUAUUUCAGUGUUGAAUACUGUGUUUGGAUUCACAAAUAAAACACAAAAUAUUUAAUGGCAAUGCAGGUUCAAACUUUAUACACCAAAAUAUAACAAUUAGUCAAAUAAAGAUACUUGCAUACAAUAAUUAUAUGGUAAUUAAACAUCAGAGAAAAAUAUUCAUCCUUACCAUGCUAAAUAUCUCAAAUUUACUUGUCUAUCUUUACAUUGCCAUUCAUUAUUUUUUAAAGAAAAAUUUCAAAGUACCAUAGUGCAGACCAUGAUCAUAUGGCAUGGAUGUUCCAGGUAGAUUAAAAGAAAUAUCAAUAUUAAACAAUUCUAAUUUCUUUAUAGCUUUUAUAAAAUUAAGCUUAAAUUAUCAGCGUCACCGCUUCUUAGGUUUUUUAUUAACAUUUUGCUUAAACUUGUUUUCCAUGUUGUAAAUUAAUUUUGUGAAAAAGAAUCCAUAAACUUGAUUGAAUUUUUUUAUUUAUAAAGUAUUUUUAUGAUGUAUAUAUGUAUUUGUAUAUUUGCUAAGAAAAUAUAGUGUUUGUGAAUUUUCUAUUCUUAAAAAAAUA